AUGACAACGGCGUCGAUUGUCCCCAAUUCCGAAAACCAGCCGCUUGUGGCCACGUCCGAGCAAAUCCAAGGCCUCGUGGAGGCCCUCAUAGAACUUGGAGUUCUAGUACAUGAUAAUCAGGGAACACAACAAUCUCAUAAUGCGUUAACCCACAAAGUCAACCAAGUGGUUAGUCAGCUUUCAGGUAUUUCUGCCGCUCCUUUUACAAACCAGUUUUCUGUGCCAUUGGAUGUGAUCAGCUACAUUGAAGACGGAAGGAAUCCAGACGUUUACACUAGAGAAUUUGUUGAGGUUACAGCCAAAAGUAAUGCUCGGCUUAAAGGCCGGAUGCAGGGCUUUCAACGACUCCGAGACGUUCUUGGACAGAAAAUGGCCCAGGAGUAUCCGCAUUUGGAACCUAGCAUAAAAAAUAUAGCUGACAGAACGGGCACUUGA